AUGCCGGCCGCAAAACGCCAAAAGACUUCCACAUCAGACACCAAAACUACCAUAUCCCCCCUCAACUUCGAGCGCAAAAACCAAGACAUGGUUAAGCUACCGAAAUCCGCGAAAGUCCACAAACGCCCAAUCCCACACCCCGCAACAGCCUCUCCCUACGCCGGCGCCUCGGUCCCCAAAACGGUCUACAUCUCCUCCUCAACCCCCUACAUGGCUGCCGUGAAGCGCGUACAGAAACUCCUGCGGCAAGCUGAGAAGCGCGCGACAGCUGCAGUAGAAGCUUCUCUCCGCGGAAAUGGCCAAAGUCGGGGUCGGAGUGGUGGAGGUGGUGGUGGCGUUUCGACGGAGAAGUUGGUUGCUGCGCUUGCGAGGGGCGAAGGGAAAGAGGAUCUUGCGAGGGAGGAGGUCUUUGUUAAGGCUACUGGGAGGGCGAUUGAGACUGCACUCAAGGUGGGGAAGUGGUUUGGGAAGGGGGAGCGGGAGGCAGAGUAUACUGUUCGUGUUGAGACGGGGAGUGUGCUUGUUGUUGAUGAUGUUGAGGAGGGGGGUGGAACCGAAGAGGGUGUGAGUGCCGGGGGUGAGGUGGUACAGGGUGGAACUGGAACCACGAGUUCGGGCGCAAAUAUGGCCGGUCCGAAUAGCGAUGGGAAGACAGACGAAACUACAAUGGUACCCGACACAACUACAGACGUCAACGAUACGACGAUCAUGAGCGAGAAGAGGGGGAAUCCAACACCUCCGACGACUGAAGCAAAAUCGAAACCGCUCUCGGAAAACGCAGAGAAGAAACGCAAACGAGCUGCUACGCUGGCGGCGCAGUUUGCUGGAAAGGAGUUGCCAGAGUCGAGGACGAGAUGGGUCAAUUCGGUCCAGGUUGCGAUUUCUCUCAAGUGA